AUGGACUUCCUUCCGCCCUAUAUUGUUGACCCCACCCAUGGCGUAACGCACUCGCAAACUGUCAUUCUUCUUCACGGGCGCAUGCUGGCCCGCUGUGGUGCACAAUUUUCCAAGGGAAACGCUCGGCUUGGUUCGACAGUCUCGCUUGAUGAUCUGAGCUCCUCUCAAGAUCACCAGCUCCCAGGGUUGCGCGAUGGUCACCAGCUGACAGCGAAAACCAUUGAGAACGAAGUUGAUAAACUUGAUGAAAAAUCUGACCGUGUUAUACUUGGAGGAUUUUCGCAGAGAUUGGCAGUUGCACUUUGGUCUUUGUUCACAGGGCCAGCUGGGCUCAAGGGGUGUCUGGGAGCAUUCGUAGGUCUCAGCGCGUGGAUGCCGUUCGCAAAAGAAGCGAUGGCUUUUAUAGCUGGUGAUACGGAGGCGAGAGUGUCCAGUCGCUACGGCACUCUUCGAGAGGGGCUCAGAAGGAUCCUGGAAGUUGGGUCGGCUGCGGUGCAGAUUGCUGUCAUCAUACUAGUACAUCUUGGACACGGGCCUGAUGAUGUGGUCAUUGGCAUAGAAAACUGUUAUUGGCUCUCGACCAUCUUCACCGCAGGAGGCGCAGUGAUCGAUGCCAGAAAGUAUAUCGGCGCAGGCCAGGAAGGAACUGGAUUAAGGAGCCGGAGCAGAUAG